AUAUUCACCUAUACUUCAACCUACCCCUUUCUCAUAUUACACUUUCUCCUUCCUCAAUACACCAAAACUAAAACAAAAACAAAAAAAACACAACAAAAAGUCUCCAAUUCAAACUACAUCUAGCUAGCUACAAACAAAUUUUACAUAAAAUGGCUUAUUCAAGGAUUUCCACAUCCAUUUUCUUCAUGUUUGUAUUGGUUUUAGCUUCUUUUUCUUCAUCAACGGAAGCAAGAAAGUUAUUAAACUCCUAUGAAGUUAAAAAAGUACCAAGUUUGAUGGACAGGUUAUAUCUAAAUGCCUUGCCUAAAGGCAAAGUCCCAGCUUCAACACCCAGCAAGAAAGGCCACUCUUAUACCAUCGAUGAAAAGCUUAUCGCCCGUCAUCUCGCUGCCAUCGAUCGGAUUCUUCGGUCAGUUCCUAGCCCCGGAGUGGGACAUUAAAUUAAUAACAGUUUUGGAUUCAUUUUCUUGAUGGAGGGAAUUAAAUUAGGUCAGGAUUUGUAAACACAAAAACACAAUUAUGGAAAAAAUGUACAGCUGGAGAGUGAUGAUAUAGGAUUUUUUAUUUAUUUCUGUUUCCAAUUAUUUUUUUAGGAGCUGUACACAACUUAUACUAUUAAUUUUUUGUUGUUGUUGUUA